CAAUCACACUUUGCAUUUUCUUGCGGAAAUGAUCUCUAGUUUAUCUUUCACCACAAACGUUGCCAUGUCGACUGACGUCAACCUACCCCUUUCCUAAUUUCACAGGCGUUCAGGUGUAUUCUCACACUCGGACGUCGGAACUUUCCUUCUUCCCAGUUGCACACCUACUGCUGGCGGGAGAAGUACAAACUAGAGGCAUAAUAUUCCGUUAGAAUAACUGAAAGCAACACAGGAUACGUCUGUCACCAUGUUGCAGCUACUGUUCCUUUUCUGUUCAUUCCAGAUUUUCUCGACUGUGAAAUCAGGCUCUCAUUCUCUGUGGACUCUUUCAACAAGGAUCAUUGGAGACACCCCGUUUCCAGAGUUCAGUGUGGUGGUGAUGCUGGAUGACAUCCAGGUGGCCUACUAUGAUUCAAAUGUGAAGAAACUGAUCUACAGACAAUAUAAGUCAGAACAUGAAGAUGAAGAGCAAGAAAAUGCAAGCCUUAUAUUUGGAGACCUGCAUUCAAAGAUGAAUUUCUACCUCCUCCAGCUCAACCGUACACAUGGCGUACAUACUCGGCAAGAAUUGGUUGUUUGUGAGCUACUUGAUAAUGACAACCCUGGUCUACUCCGAGUAUUGGAUGCUCUAAACGGAGUGAAUAUAUCAGUGUUGCAAUUCAAUGUGCAACAGAACACUCUGCAGAUUGAAGAUGGUACAUGGCCCCAAGAGUGGACCCCUACCACACACAAAAAAUGUGAAUGGCUGUAUGCAAAUGAAUACAGCCCAAUCUGCUUUAAAUUCCUCAAGAAUUGCCUUCACGUGAAGAAAAAUGAUUUGAUGAAGAAAGUGAAGCCCAGAGUCAGGCUCCUCCAGAGGACACUCCCAUCUGGAGGUGUCAAAGUGACCUGCCUGGCCACUGGUUUCUACCCCCGUCACAUCAACCUGACCCUUCUCAGAGACGGCCAGCCUGUGUCUGACCACCAGAUCACUGGGGGGGAGCUGCUACCUAAUCUAGAUGGAACCUACCAGAUGAGGAAGAGCCUGGAGGUCAGCACAGAGGAACUAAGAGUGAAACACCAUUACUCCUGUACAGUCGAACACCUCAGCCUGGACAACAAACUAGAUGUCAAACCAGAUCUUGAUCCAGGUGUAGGCACUGUGUCUAUAGUGAUUCCUGUUGUAGUGCUUGGAGUUGCACUCCUGUGUGUGGUUGGAGCUGUGGUCUUCAUGCGCCGUAGAAGACAGAGCUCCACCCCCUCUGAUUAUGAUCUGACCCAGAGCUCUGAGGACUCUAAUCUGGAAGUGAACCAGAACCAGAAUCUGGAGCUGUAGAUUCUGACUUUGAUCUUGCGAAUCAAUACUCUUGUUUGUACCCAUAUCCUGUUCAGUUUCAUAUUUUUAACACUUUUAAAGAAGAUUUUGUUGUGAACUCUAUGCCUUAAAUAUAUGGAACUUAUUUUAUGCAAAAUUGUAGGGUCUACCCAGGUAAAAGAAAUUACCAAAGUUUUUGGUAUGUUUCUGAAAUGUUAAUUUGAAGUCUUAAAAUAUGUUUGAAAUGAAAUUGAAAUAAGAGUUGAUACUCCUAGUUCUCAGUUCCGCACCCCUCACUUAUUUUUCCAGUGUGACUAGGUUUUUUGUUCCGCGCCCCUGCGCCUAGUCUGUCUAAGUUCGCCAAGUUAGUAUUCAUAGUUUUAGUUAGUUCUGGUGCUUUGAGCCUGAGUACCCUCUGUUUGGGUUUGGUUAUAUCUGUUGAGUAUAUUACAGCCCUGUACGUAACCCUAGUCAGUUUGUUUGCACAAAAAAGCACAAAAAAGGUGUCACCUUUCACACAAAUAAGGCCAGACCACAUCACCUUUUUGUGCAUAGUUCGAACGUUUUUGUUGGAGUUAUGUUUUUGGAUUUUGACCGUCACUGUUCCGGACCCUGGACUGAAUGAAAAUUUGGCGAGUGGACCUUUUGGGUUUCUAAUUGAGUACCCCUGGUCUAGGCAAUUUAACAGUUGCAACAAAAAGUAUCCACUAACAGGUUAACAAAAGGUUCUCAGAAAAAAGACUCAAAAGUAGGCUACAAGGUUCUCUGGAAAAUACUCACAAGCUGGAGAAAGACUCACAAGCUCAACUCACACAACGUGGUCACAGGGUAUCAAAUCAAGACUGAGCAAAACACAAAAGCUCAGGCGGCUUAUAAAGGCAAGCAAACAAGGCUCAGGUGAACACUAUGCUACAAUACAGACAAGAUCAAACAUGUCACAGGAAAACGGGGAUACGGAGGGCCCCACAUGGUCAAAAGGGUUAUUAUCACACAAAAAUGGAAUCCAAACUCUUACUGUAAAAUGCCACCCAUUCAAAUGUUCACACAACAGCUAAGACCCUUAUGCAAAAGCUUAUUUUUGAAAGUAAGUGCAAAAUACAGUUUUUCUCGAUUGUUUAAGCAUGAUUUUGAUGGUUUUGUUUUGUUUUUCAAAACACUACACACAAUUAGCACAGCCACACACCCAAUUAGCAAAACACCUCAGAUAAUUUGCAAAA